AUAUCAAAGAUAAAAUAAAAAAAAAUUAUAAUUAAAAAUAAAAUGUCAUUUGUUCUUAAAUAAAUUAAAAAAGUUUUUAAUCCAAAUGAAAUCAAAAAUGAUAAAUAAAUUAUUUCAACUUAAAAUAAAUUAAAUUUUACUACAAUUUAUAAUAAAAAUGAGGAUUAUAUAAAAAUGGAUUAACUCUAAAACGAUUCUCAUCAAAUUUCAAGAAUAGAAAAAUUUAAAUAAAUUUUAGAUUAAAGAAUUAUCGAUUAUGAUAAAUUACAAUCAUUAUCAUGGGAUGGAAUACCUUCUUAAUUUCGUGGAAAAGUAUGGCGUGUUUUAUUAAAAUAUUUGCCCACAAACAGAGAUACAUAAGAAAAUACAUUAAAUAGAAAAAGAAAAGAUUAUGCAGAUAUGGUAGAUACAUAUUUUAGUAUAAAUGAAUAAAAUGAUAGGGAUAAAUAUGAAUAGAAAGGGUUGGAUUAAGUCAUAUGCGAUGCCGAAAGAACCCUACCAUAUUCAAAAUUAUUCAGAGAUAUAAAAAUUAAAGAUAUAUUAGUGAGAGUACUUUUUAUAUGGAAUGUAAGACACCCAGCAUGUGGAUAUGUAUAAGGAAUAAAUGAUAUUGUAACAAGCUUUAUAAUCGUAUUUUUAUCAGAAUAUUGUACAGUUAAUAUAGAAACAUUAUAAAUACCAGAAGACUUUGAAAAAUAACACCAAAGUAAUUUUAAGAAAUUGAAGCAGAUUCAUAUUGGUGUUUAAGUAAAAUUUUAGAUGGAAUGUUAGAUAAUUAUACAAAUAAUUUUCCUGGCGUAAAAAAAUAAUAUACUAAAGUUUAAGAAAUCUUAAAAAGAUUAGAUAAUGAUUUAUUAUAACAUCUUUCUACAGAAAUAGAGUUUUAUGAAUUAGUUUUUAAAUGGCUAAUUUGUUUACUUUUGCGUUAAUUUUCUCCUAAAUUGGGUUUAAGAUUGUUUGAUACUUAUAUUAGUGAUGAUAAUUCAAUUUCUAAUUUCGGAGUAUAUUUAUUUAGUGCGAUUAUUUUAAAAUGGAGUGUUAAAUUAAAAAAAAUGAAGUUUGAAGAAAUUAUUAUGUUCCUUUAAAAAAUACCGACUACUGAAUGGACAGAAAAUGAUCUUAAAUUGGUUAUUGCGGAAGCUUAUUAAUAUUAAGCAUUAUUUGAAAAUACUACGGUUGUUAAAUAUAAUUGAUAUUUGAUAUUUUUA